AUGAAAUGCGUUAUCAAACUUCAACUCUGUUAAAAAAUCGCGUCCACGCAGUUGUAAUGUGCCUUCUCCGCCGGGAUGGAGGUGAAUCCGCUCAGCAUUAUUCUGGUAAAGUCCGACAGCAAGGGCGAUCGGUUGCUGUUCCGCUACCCGUACACGCUGCCGCAACAGUUCCAAACGUCGGUCACGCCAGCCCGCAAGACGCCCUACUCGCUGAUCCACACGGGCGACGACAUACUGCAGCAUGCGCCACCUUCUAACAUUUGUUUUGACCAGCUGUACGGCAUCUCGGACAAAGAUCUGGCGACACUGUUCGCCGUCAAGUCGGAGCUGUGCAAUCAAAAGUUCGAGCUGAAGGUGAACGACGUUCGGUUCGUCUCGCAUCCGACGCUGCUGCGGAGCGACCCGGGCUCGGACCAAAAGUCUUCCGACAUUCAGAUCAACGUCGUGUUUGCGCUGCACGCCCAGGCCAGCUCGUCCGUGGUGAAGAGCUACUACGAACUGAGCAAGCGGAUCGGCAUCGCGCUGAUCUACGAAGAGCGUCGCGAUGGUUACUUCUCGCGGGAGAUCAAAACGAUGGUUGCUGUGAUGGACGAGAACAGCGCGCUGCAAGAGCAGGAACAGCCGACCGGAGCCACCGGAACGGGCGGUUCGGUUGGGACGGGCAGUGGUACGGGGCCGGCCGGUACGAGCGGCCAAACGGUGGUGACGUGUGCAACGGCGGCUGGCAUUGCGGUCGGUGUGUUUGACACGAUACUGAAAAACACCACGCUGGCGCAAUUCAUUAAAACGAUCUAUCACGACCUGUGCACGACGGGUUUGCUGAACGUUACCAUGAACCAAACCGUCACGCUGAGCUUCUGCCUGCCCCAGAAGGCGCACCAGUUCCACAAGAAAGGCAUGGCCGUGGAGCCGGAAACGAUCGACCGGUGUCUGGAGUCGCUCAAACCCUACCACGGCAUGCUGCUGCUCGUCGAUCCGUCCGAGCUGUUUGACUGUGUGCCACCGUCCGGUGCGAACAUGCUGCUGCAGCUGAUCGAGGUGUACAAUCCGCUGAAAAGUCUGCAAAACAUGGCAUCGGACGCCGAGCUGCUGAUCGAUCACGUGUACCAGCUCGUGGGGCAUCUGGUGUACUGGGCCAAGGCGACAAUCAUCUACCCGCUGUGCGAGACGAACGUGUACGUGAUUGCGCCCGACGCACAGCUCAACAUUCAUUCGAAUCUUUCCGACAAGUUUGCGACCAAAUUCCCCGGCAUGUCGCUGUUUGAGGUGAUCAGCGACUUUUCGCUGCCCACCUCGAUCGGGCACCUUACGACCCCGUUGCAACAUCCGGCACGGCAAGGCCGGCUGGCCCAGAUGGUGCUGUGGAUGCUGCAGCACCAUCUGCUGAUGCAGCUCCACACGUACGUACAGUUUGUGGCCAAUCUGGAUGGGAUUGAGGAGGACGAGUUUGGCGGAGCGGCAGCAGGACGAUGCAGCUCGGACCGGGCGCAUGCACUACACGCCCUGUACGGCAGUUCUGCGCCGAGCGCAUCGUCCAGCCAACCUUUGGCCGUGCCUACCGGCGGAAACAGGAAGCAUUCGCUCAGCGAAGAUCGCUACUCCGACAGCCUGUCCGCCCUGCUAACGACGGCCGCCUCCGUUACCUCCAAUACGCGACCUUCGUCUGCGAGCCACCGGUCCAACAUUAGCCACUCGAGCGUGGGUGGCCUGCAGACGGCUUCCAGCACGGACAACGACGAGAGUAUCGCCUCGAUCGACGACGACGACAAGCUGAAACGGUUGCUCGCGGCUUUUCCCGAGCCCGACCGGAAGGCGGUGGCGCGCAUCCCGGCCGCCUCGAACCCGGAAGACCUGGCGCUGAUGGUGCGCCUGUGGAAGGCCGGCUACUUCAAGGGCGAGCAUCAUCUGGAGGAGAUAAUGUACUUUGAAAAUUUGCGCCGCUCGCAGCUGCUGCAGCUGGUGGACAAGUUUCGCGAGGUGUUGAUCAUCUACGAAACGGAGGAUCCGGCGAUCGCCAGUCUGUACUCCGACCAGCCGGCCGAGUAGCGCAGGAGUAAGUAAGGGAGCGCGGCAAUAGCAGCAGAAGAUGUAACAAAGAGGCAAACGACAAUUUUUUUU